GCUUCUUCAACAGCGACAAAGGCUUCUUAUUCAACCAACGUGGUGGUUUGCUAGCGAACAUUAAACCGAAAUAUUGAAGUGUUUAAGAGUAAUCUUGUGUAUAUUACUCUUAGUGUUUUAAACACAAUUCUGUGUACAUAUCAACUCGUUCAUUGAAACGUAGAUUGCUUGUUAAAUUAGCUAAUGUGGUACAUUGAUAUUGCACUAGGCUAAUCGCCCGGAACAUGAGCUCACUAAUCUCGACGGAGAAAGAAGCUCUGGUGAAAGGAGAGGAAGAAGCUUUCAGGAUGAAAAGGGAGGAAGAGGAGUCUAUCACAUUGAAAGAAGAGGAUGAUAUUACAGUGAAAGAGGAAUAUGGGAACGAGGUUGUGGAAGAGGAGGAGGUAGAAGCUUUCAGAAUCAAAAAGGAGGAAGAUGCCGUAAUUUUUGAAGAGGAAGAACCUUUUGGAGUAAAAGAGGAAGAGGAGGCUAUCUCAAUUAAAGUGGAGGAGGAAGACGUUUUGGGAGUGAAAAAGGAUGAGGCUGAAGAUUCGAGUAAGACCAGAGAGAGACAUGGCUAUUGUGGAUCCUCUGGGGAGCCUCAACAACAUCCUGAUGCUGACGAGGCAGAGGAAAGUCUCUCCACAUCAGAACACCAGAUGGACAACGCUAGCCCUUCCUCCCUCCCGGAGUCCCCGUGGCGUGCCUCUCCCGGUAGCACCUUACUGCUGGGUAUGAAGAGGUUGUCUGUGCUGCUGGUGGACUGCAGGAAAACAACGGGGCUGAGUGGAACUGUGAGAAGAGGAGCAGAGAAGAAAGGAUCAGAUUUGACACAUCAAAGUAAGUAGUUUAGUUUGAACAAAUACAAUAGAUCUGCCCACUGGUAUCUGUUACCAGGACAACCAGCAGAGUUCUGUUAGUUGACAGGAAGAUAGACUGGUGGAUAUGGAUGUUAUGAAUAUCAUAACACUGAAAAAGGAUUCUGCCAAUGAAAAGAGAGAAACCAAUAGACCAUAUAAAACCUUGAUUAAAAUUAGAUUUAGAGAGAAACCAAUAGACCAUAUAAAACCUUGAUGAAAGUUAGCUUUAGAGAGAAAGUUUCAAGAUGAUCUGAUGUAAGGUGCUUGUUUUACAAAAACUUUUCCAUAAAACAUUAUGGAUGUUACAUUGCCUGUCCCAGUCAACGCCCCUAUCUUUACAAGACUGUAGAACAGGCAAACUAAACUCAAGACUUUGGUAAUUAAUUAACUAGUACUGAAGAAAAGCUGUGAUCAGGCUGCCUACUCAUGCAAAAGCUUCAAACUGUAACCAGUGCCGGCAACCUUGUUCAGGUUAUCAAUCAACCUACCAGGGUAGUUACAAACAGUAGAGGAAUGAAAUCAUCAACAUGGUUUGAUCAUAUCUUUACUAAUGCUGCAGAAAUGGGUUUUAAAGCAGUAUCCAGAUCCAUCAGAUGUAGUGAUCACAAUAUAGGAGCCAUGUCUAGGAAAACCACUGUUCCAACGGCUGGGACUAAUACUGUGUACAAGAGGUCAUACAAUUUUUUUGUAGUGAUUCCUAUGUUGUUGAUGUAAAUAAUAUUUGUUGGUCUGUGGUGUGUAAUGAUGAGCAACCAGACGCUGCCCUUGACACAUUUGAAACUGCUUAUCCCAGUUACUAAUAAGCAGCACCCAUUAAGAAAAUGACUGUAAAAACUGUUAAAUCCACAUGGAUUGAUGAGGAAUUUAAAAAUGGUAUGAUGAAGAGGGAGGCAAAAGAGAUGGCAUAUAGUUCUGGCUGAAUAACUGAUUGGCAAAC